AUGAGAAAGAAAAAAGAAUAUCGGGUUUUGAUUGUGGGUGCAAGUGGGUUUCUUGGUAGCCAGCUUGCUUUGGGAUUGGAGGCACACAAGCAUCCCAAUCUACGAUUUCUGUUGACGGGCUUGGAUGUGGAGCGUUCAGAGAGGACCCCUCUUCUUGAGAGCAAGGGUAUUGAAGUGGUUUAUGGAAGUGCUACAGAUCCAGAGUUGGCCAUGGCCGUGAUAAGGAGUAAGAAGCCAAACAUUGUGGUGGAUUUUACACAGCAAGAGCAUAGUUGGAAUUUGGAGGACAAUGAGAGAACUAUGAAGUCACUGCUUGAUGCGGCAUGCAGUGUUCCAUCCAUGCAAGGUUUCUUUUUUGCAAGCCCCAAUCGCUUUUACAUCCCUUCAAGCCGUUCUGCGGAGAAGUUAGUUGAAUCUUUGGCACCAAAGCUACCAUUUCCAGUUGUGGAAUGGAGGUUUAGUACAGUUUAUGGGAGCUAUGGUCGUCCAGAUUUUCCCUAUUACAAGUUUGUUGAUCAGAUAUUGCAUAAGACUGAUGUUCCAUUAUGGGAGCAAAGAAAAGGGCGACAAAACUAUAUAUACAUUGAUGAUGCAGUAGCUGUGAUGAUCAAUAGUAUUCUAUCAAGUCACAGCAUGGGACAAGUGAAUUUAUAUGAUAUUGGGACGCCAUGGCCACCUAUUCCAUUUAAAGGAGUGAUUAAGGUUGUAGAAACGCUUACAAAUCUUAAAGCUUGGAUUGUUGAAAUUGAGGAUGAGAAUCCAGGCCCUUAUGAGAUUGCAUAUGAGCCUCCUACAAAUCUAUUGCUUCUUAAAUCUUACAUUUCAUUUGAGAAAGCCGCUGAGGAGGCUCACGCAAAACCGAGAAGCAGCUUGCAAGUGCUGGCUAACGAGAAAGCCCAUCCAGCAAUGCAGCGGUGUAGUGAUCUAGCUCGAGCAAGCAGCGUAGCAACUCAGCGGUGCAGCCACAAGCAAGCAGCGAUCCAGCUCCAUCCAGCAAUGCAACAGUGCAGCCACGAGAACGCAGUGAUCCAGCUCUAG